AUGUUAAAAGCUGAACUUCAAUCUAAACAACAAUAUGCAAGUGAAGACCUUAAAUCACUUGUAAGUACAGAUAAUGAUGAAGAAGACGAUGAAGAAGAAAAUAUUAGCUACGAGUCACAAAAGAAAAAACGUAACCGAAUAAUGACAAGCUCUUCAUCGCCUGAACCAACAAUAGUGAAAAAAGGAAGAAAAAAGGCCUGUCAGAAUCCCAACAAAAAAGACAAAGCGGGCCGAACAAAAUUAUUUUCUGCUACGACAGCUGGUCAUUUAGAUAAGGUGAAAGAACUAAUUGAGUGCGGUGCUGAUGUCAAUUUUAAAGAUAAUGCUGGAUGGACACCACUUCAUGAAGCUGCUCUUAAAGGACAAUUCGAAAUUGCAAAAUAUCUGAUUGAAUGUGGUGCUGAAAUUAAUGCUAGAGGUUUUGGCCUAGAUACUCCUUUGCAUGAUGCUUGCAACAGUAAUUCACCUGAAUGCGUCAAACUUUUAGUCGAUGCAGGUGCAGACGUUUUCGCUCUUAACGAAGCUGAGAAACGGCCAAUUGAUCUCUGUAAUGAUGACGAAUGUCAAGUUAUUUUAGAAACUAAAAUGAAGGAAUUAGAUGAAUUAAUAGCUCGUGAUGAAGAAGGCCGCUCGUCUUUACAUCGUGCAUGUUUAAAUAAUGAACUUGAAUUAGCUCGUUCACUUAUUAAUCAGGGAGUCGAUGUGAAUGCAAAAGAUAAUCAAAACGCAACACCUCUUCAUUUUGCUUGUGCUUUAGGUUAUUUAGAGAUUGCUGAGUUACUUAUUGAGCAAGGUGCAAUUGUAAAUAUUCUUGGUACUGAGCGACAAGAUACUCCAUUACAUGAAGCCAGUCGACAUGGACAUCAAGAUAUUGUUGUCUUUUUGAUAAAUACUGCAGGUGUUGAUGUCAAUAUGAAAGAUAAAGACGGCAUGAACCCUUACCACGUUUCAGCUGCAUAUCCACCUAUUCGACGUAUCCUAACUGCACGAAUGGAUGAAGUUCGUUUAGAGAAAGAAGCUUGUGAUGCACUAGAUGAAAUUGCUCUUAAAACCGCACUAAAAAAUGAGCCUGAAAGACAGUUAACGCGCGAAGAAAGGAAAAUUCAAAACUAUAUGCGUACUUUCGCCAACAUGGAUAAUCAGAAUAAAAACAGCAAUCAACAACAAUUAGAUUAUUAUACUGGUCCUAUUGUUUUACCAAAGAGAAGGAAAAGAACAAAUUCUCGUCGAAAGUCCCCUUCAGUUGAAAGUGACAUUUCUUCUGUUAGAGGAAAUCGUCGAAAGAAAACAACAAGCCACUCUUAUGCAACUAAACUAGACCCGUUCAAAAAAGAUAGUAGUGGUCGUACAAAUGUUCAUAAAUACGCCAAACGUGGUGAGGCAGAGAUUGUGAGAUCACUACUUGAGUCUGGUGCAAAUCCUAAUGAAAAAGAUUAUGCAGGAUGGACACCACUUCAUGAAGCAUCAUUAAAUGGACAUAUCGAAGUAGUCAAAAUUCUAAUCCAGUAUGGAGCUAAUGUAAAUGCUAAAGGUGGCGAUUUGGAUACACCUCUUCAUGAUGCAACUGAAAAUAACCAUUGCAAAAUUGUAGAGUUAUUACUUGAGCAUGGUGCUGAUCCUUUUGCUCGGAAUGCACAUCAUGCUGAACCUAUUGACAUUGCAACUGAACAUGAGUAUGAAGAUGUUAUGUUAGUUUUACAAACAGCAAGUCCUGUUACUAAGAAGAAAAGAACAAAGAGAUCAUUCAUAAAGAAAGAAGAAGAUGAAACAGAUGUUCAAAACAGUAUAAAUAAAAAAUCAUCCUCGAAUGUACAGACUAAAAAGAGACGCCUAGUUCAAGCAGCAGAUUUAGAAAAAAACAAGUCUAUUGAUGAAAAGGCUUCAACACAAGAAAAUGGAAUAGAAGAAUCGUAUUUAUUACGUGGUGAAAACAUACCUUAUACAGUGAAAACAGAAACUGUUAUAAAGACUGAAGAAAAAGAUAAAAAUGAACAUACCAAGUUUAAACAAGAAUUAACUACUGUGAAUCGACCUAUUCCAACUAAAAAAAAAUUCUAUGCCACAACAUCAGCAAUAACCCAAUUUCAUAUACCUCAGAUACACACCGCUCAUCAUCCUUAUUCACCUGCACAUACACCACCUCCAGAAAGUAAGAACAGUAAAGAAAAGAAUACACUGUGCUAUUCACCACUCUACACUGUACAGAUUACUUCUACAAAUGACAUCAAGUACUAUGUUAUUGAUCUUCAAGUGAGUCUCUUUCUAAAUAUGAGCUUAGAGACCUUUUGGUCUACUUAUUCCUAUUUACGAAAUAAACGAAAAACGAUCAAUAUACAAGGAAAAUCUCGACUGUGGUUUACGCUAAGACAUAUGAUUCACGAAGAGAAAGAAUAUUUUGUUAAUCGUCAUUUAUAUUUUAUAUCUUUGGACGAUGUGCUGGAUUUAAUUAAACGAGACUUUAAUCAUUUAAGUGCUAAUUUGAUUACAAUUACCUUAGAUAUUGGAUACCAUGAUGAAGAAGAUUACCAAGGGAAUGAUAGGACUAUUGACAUAAAACUUCCACCAAAACUUGCUAUGAAAAUGGGAAAAUAUUCGCAUCAAUUCCGACAGUAA